AGAAAACAAACGACCCACUUGUGCGGCAAGUUCAGUUUGAAAUCGACCGCGAACUGGGAUAGGUGUUGAAAGUACCCCCACCGACCGACCGGUAUCGACAGGUGGACAAUUUGAAGGUGACAAUGUCUCAUUCUAAUAGAAUUGCUAUCCUGAUGGUGGCGGUGGCCAUCGGGACUACGGCGGUUUCCGGAAACGAUGCGAAUUUCCUGUUCACCGCGAAUCGUCUUCCCGCAAAAGCCGUCACUCCUACCCUGGCCAACGGGAACAUCGCUUUCGUAGUCUACGGUGAUGCCGUGCACAUGAACGGAGUCUACAAUGGUCAGCACGGAUUGAGCCACCGGGCCCGUAUACCCAACUACGCAAAUCUCCAGAUGCCGUACUGUGCGAGCAGCAACGCCGAGCCGACCGGAUGUUCCUACCAGUUGGACAUGAAGAACAACAUGUUCCGUACGGUGUACGAAGACCCAAACGGGAGCUUCCGCAUUGUGCAUGACGUCUAUCCCAAUCGGUACUUUGACAAAGCGAUCGUUAACAAGGUUCGAAUCCAGCGACUAAACUCUCAAAGUGCCAUCACCCUGAAUCUCGAUCGACGAGAGGGACUACCGAGCGUUGAUGUCACGUUCGGUCUGCCACAGAUGGCAGAUGUUGAUGGUGAAAUCUUUAAUCGACUGUGUGGCCAAACCAACCAAGUGGAAGAUAGCCGCUACCAACAGUACGGCCACGAUGUGUGCGUCUACUAUCCCUCUCUUCGACAAAUGACGCUGACUGUCGAUAAAACAGCUGAAGAAUUCACUUUCUUCACGGUAUUUGCUCACUCGACAAUCGAGGCAGAAACCGAACUUCGAUCUAUGAAAAGAACAAAUGUCGAAUCGUUCCACCUCCGAGAAAUGGAACGCGUGUGGGAACGGUAUGGAAUCACCGUGGAAGGAAACGAUAACCUCGAUCGAGUGCUGAAGGCUAGCUCGUUCUACCUAUCCAGUUCGCUACCAUCCACGUACACCAAUCAGAUCAGCAGCUACCCAUUCUACGGUCUUUCUCCAUCCGGUUUGGGUCGUGGUGGAGAAGAAUUGAAGGAAUAUCAAGGUCACAGCUUCUGGGACACAGAAAUAUGGAUGUAUCCACCAAUCCUGUUAAUGGAUCCUCAAAACGCUCGGAAAUUACUGCGCUACCGAACCGUAGUUCACCAAGCGGCCGUUGACAUUGCUAAGAAAAACGGGUAUGAAGGUUGGCAGUUCCCAUGGGAAUCGGCAUUCACUGGAACGGAAACAACUCCAGAAUGCUGCCCGGAAGUCGUUGAGUAUCAACACCACAUUACCGCUGACAUAGCGUUCGCUGCUAGACAGUACUUCUACGCAACCGAGGAUUUGGAUUGGAUGCGUACAGAAGGUUGCCGUUUGGCCUACGAAACCGCAAAGUUCUGGAGCAGCCGUGCAGAGUACAACAACGCAACUGACCUCUACGAAAUCCACCGUAUUAUGGGACCCGACGAGGAUCAUCAUAACGUAAGCAACAAUCCCUUCACCAACGUAGUGGCCGCUCAUAAUCUUAUGUUCGGAGAGUUCGCAAGUUGCUUGUGUGAGGGAAUUGUAGGAGCCACCAAAGAAGAUCGCGCACAAUUCGCUGAAGUUGGUAGAGGAAUGACGUUGUUGUACGACAAAGAGAAGGACUUCUUCCCGCAAUUCGAAGGCUACGUGCAAGGAACAUUGAUCAAACAAGCUGACGUAGUUCUUCUCGGAUAUCCUCUGGAGUUCCAAAUGGAAAACUCAACAAAAGCGAAUAACUUGGAGAUCUAUAGCAGGGUAACACGUUCCAAUGGCCCGGCUAUGACUUGGGCUAUGCAUACCAUUGGUCAUCUUGAACUAGGACAGUUGCAGGAGGCAGAACAAAUGUUCACCAAGAGCUACCAACAGUACAUGCGAGCUCCGUACAAUGUUUGGAGCGAGAAUGGCGACGGAACCGAUGGCGCCGGUAAUUUCAUAACAGGAGCCGGUGGUUUCCUGCAGUCCAUCAUCUUUGGCUACGCUGGUAUACGCCUACACAAUGGGCAAAUAGUGAUUACGAAACCAUUACUGUUGCCUAGCACGUCUCGACUCUACAUUCCGGAAAUCAACUAUUUGGGAACGAAAUUCUAUUUGGACGUCAAGAAUAAUAACAUCACCUUGGGACUGAAACAUGAGUUGAACACAGCUGAUGUUCAGAUUAUCGUUGACAACGAAGAGCGCACAGUUUGCGACUCUUGUGCUGUUUCAUUCAAGGAUCAAGUAGUGAUCCGCGCGAAUAGGCCUUCCCAUUUCAACGGCUGUCAGCUGAAGGAAACUACGAUUGGUAUUAAGGUUGCUGAUCAGAACAACGCCGGGCACAUGACACGCCUAGCCUCGAUUUUGUUUGUAGGUUUUUUGCCGAUUUUUGCACUGCAAAAAUUCCUCUAAAGCUAAUUUACAAAUAAGGAAAUCGAUACCGAUGUUAGGUGGACUCAAAAUGAUGGCAUAUGUGUAGCUUUAAAAACAAUACGAAAAUAAAUUCCUUAGACACCUACUCAAACA